UCUUAAAAUAAUUCACACUGUUUUGUUUCCCUGUGAUAUUCGCGUUAUAGACUGGAUUGCGUUGGAGUAUUUCAGGAUGCAGCAAAAGUAAACAUUCAUAAGCCGGUUGCCGAUCAACACGUAAACAUCUCAAGCAAGAAAGAUGAAUGACCAUGCCAAUUAACAUAAUAACAUUACACACUGAGCGUAUCAUUAAUGUUACAGAUGACCUUUACCAAUCAGUGUUUGUUAAUGUAGUUUAUUGCCGUUGAAAUCAAGAUGGGUCGUAAAGCCACUAAUUUACUGUUUGUGUCUUUUAUUGUGCUUGACAUUAUGAUAAAUGUUACUCCAAAACCACAACUGUCAACAGACCUCCCUCUUCUUAUUUUAAUUUCUAUGGAUGGUUUCAGACAUGACUACCUGAAUCAAACAGCAUUCAAAAAAUCAGACAUUUCCAAUUUCCAGUAUUUUAUUGAUCAGGGAGUGAGAGCAAGCCAUGUUCGGAACGUAUUUCCAUCUGUCACUUUUUCGAAUCACAUGACAAUUUUGACAGGUCAAUAUGCAGAGGAGCAUGGUGUCGUCCACAAUGCUUUCUUUGACCCUUACCUAAAUGAUACAUUUGAUAUGCAUAAUUUCUAUCAAAAUUUUCAAUCUAAAUGGUUUGACAAUGGAGCAGAACCUAUAUGGGUAACAAAUCAAAAAGGAGGAUGGGGACGAAACAGUGGAUCAGUUCUUUGGCCUGGAGGAAUAGCACCUGUUAGAUGCAUAGAACCAAGAAUUAUUCCUCGUGCUACACUUUACAACUCGUCUGAUUCAAUUUCAUAUGAAAAAAGAAUUGAUGUUUUAAUAGACUGGUUCACUGAUAAAAAGUUUAAUGCAAUAAAUUUUGGAAUGUUGUAUUUUGAUGAACCCGACCUUUCAGGACAUAAAUAUGGACCAAUGUCCAGAGAAGUUAGAGAGGAAAUCAAACGUUUAGAUAGCGCACUUGGAUAUCUGAGAAAAAAAUUAAAUGAGACUGGCUUGUCGGAGAAUAUGAACAUAAUCAUCACUGCGGAUCAUGGGAUGAACCAAUUUGAGGAUAAAGUUGUAAAUCUAGAUGAGAUUCUUGAUCGCAGGUGGUACACAACUCCUAUUCAUUUCAAACACCACCUUGUUCCAAUGAUAAUUCCACAUAAAGGUCAUGAAAGGCAUGUUUCUGUUGCCUUAUUUGGAGAAGAUGGCAAGGGGAAAGACCAUAAAGGGUUCUUUGCUUGGUGGAGAAACGGAACAGAAAUGAAGAACCGUUACUUCAGCAAAAACCGACGCAUAAUGGAAAUUAUUUUGGAGGCAAAAAAGGGAUGGAUCAUUGGAAAUAACCAGACAAAAGGCCCUUAUUCAAAGGGAAAUCAUGGCUACAAUCCACAGAAUACACCAGACAUGUGGCCAUUUUUCAUCGCCUCUGGACCAGCAUUUCAGAAAGGGCUUUCAGUACCUGCUUUUGAUAUGGUGGAUGUUUAUCCUUUGAUGUGCCAUGUUCUUGGACUGACUCCAGCACAAAAUAGGGGCAAUCUUGAUCAUGUCAAAAGUCUUCUGAAAAAUCCACCAGUGUGGUACAAGACACUUGAAACUACUGCUGUUACAUUCAUUGUAGUGGUGAUUCUAGCUGCAUUAGUUGGAGGGGUAUUUGGAAUAGCUGCUGUACGCCAGAGCAGUAUCUCAAGGAGAAAGCUGAUGUUCCAGAAUCGGAGAAGACUAGACCUGUCACCGAUCCGAUCACUACCAGAGACGGACUCCAUGUUGAGAUCAGAUGACGAUGAAGAUGACUUUGAUGGACUGUAGUUGAUCUUUGUUGAAUAAUAUUUGGUUUAUUAUUGUUUUGUCAAAUAAUGAUGUAAAUGUUCUGAUGCUUUGGGAUAAGUUUUCUAGUAAGUACAGAAUGGUCAUGAAAAUAUUUGACGUUGAAAAUGUCAUUAAUGCUGUUCCUAGUCUGUAAUUUUACAACACUUUACACAAAACCUACUGUUUUAAUUAAUACAGGCUGAUUGAUGUCAAUUAAUUCUUACCUUCUGGCCUACUGCACAUAUAUCUACCCUGAAAUCCAUUGUCACUUGUAUAGAAGGAACCUGUAUAAUCCUGAAUUCUGGUUUAAACAAACCUUUAACUGUAUACCACAAAGACCAUUUCUAGCAAGUGUAAUCUGUCAAACUGGUCUCACAGAUAAGUUCUUCCAGAUCUUAAGCUGACACCAACAUUUAUCAAUAGUUUGGCCUAAUGGCCUGUCAAAUGGGUCUCGCAGAAAAUUUGCAAUU